CCCUCGUCUUCUCUGUUCAUUUUGAAAAUAAACCUCGAUUAUUAAUUAUAACUUUGAUACACUAUUUAGCCUCAUUUCUAUUAAUUAACGUGAUACUACAUAAAAAUAGUAAAAUAGAACAGUAGUCGUUCUUUUAUCCAUUUUUAUGUAAACAUCUGAAAUGUUGUAUCAAAUUUACUAAUUAUUCUUCAGUUCAAUGAUACAUGUCUAUCACUUAGUUUUGGACAGCCUAGACAAUCUCACAAAGCUAUUGGACUACGUCAAGGCUAAACAAUGAGCCAAUCAAAAUACUCAGCUUUGACCAAUAUGAUUAUCUAAAUAAACAUCCCAAAUAUAUAAAACAUUACACUAAAUUCAUUAGACAUUUUCACAGGAUGAGUGAAUCUUCAGCAAAAUCAAGAGUAGUUCUUUUACCAAUUGAUGGAAGUGAACAUGCUGAACGAGCGUUUCAUUGGUAUUUGAAUAAUAUGAGGAGUUCAAAUGAUAUUGUGACAUUUGUUAAUAUUGUUGAACCAGUUUAUGCUACACCUGCAGUUGGAUUAACAAUGGAAACUCCACCAUUAACCGAUAUUACCAAAAUAAUGCAAGAUAGCAUUGACAAAGGCAAGUUAUUGGGAAAAAAAUAUAUAGCUGAAGCAAAAAAAUAUGGUAUAAACUGUCAAGCAUUUAUUCAUGUAGACAAUCGACCUGGUGCAGCUUUAUUAAAAUCAAUAGAAGAUCAUAAUGCAAAUUUGAUUAUAAUGGGAAGUAGAGGUCUUGGUAUACUUCGACGUACUUUUCUUGGAAGUGUUUCUGAUUAUGUAUUACAUCAUGCUCAUAUACCAGUGGUAAUUGUUCCACCAAAGUAAAAAAAAAGAACAUUGAUCAUAUUUACUCUUUAAAUUAAAAUAUAAAAUAUGUACCAUGUAAGAUAUAUUUUGCCAUAAUUUUACAUUUUUCUUAAUUAUAAAACAGUGAUUUCAAUGUUAAAAAAGACAGUGUAAUAUAUUCAUUCCUAUGUAAUCUGUUUUCUUUCGAAGGAAUGUUAUAAUAAAUAGCUGAUUAUGAAAUAUUUACAAAUAUAUUUUAUUUUUAUAAAGUCAGUCAGUCAGCUACAACGUAGGACCAGGCACAUAUAUGCAUCGGUUCAAGUUGCCAUACCUCGUUA